AAGGCUGAAGGUAGUGGCAGGAAUUUUUCGACCGGAUGUGAGCCUGCGUGACAAUUAAAAAUUAGGACCCAGUGAAUGCUCCGGAGCCUCUUAGUUAGAUAAUCGCAGUCAGAGACGGUCCGCGGCCAAGCAUGUUCUUUCGUCGAAUUUUGGAACGCAAGGAUAGCACAAGUGAUGUGUCGCUCCCUCUAACAACUGCGAAAAGUGCCCAAGUGCAAGCCAACAGCGAGGACAGCGAAAGUGUCGCCUACGUGAGUGGAGCCGGCAGUGAAGUCAAGGACAGCAAUAACAAUCAGUCAGUGGGCAGUGGGGGUUUGCUGGAGCAGACCUCUCUGAUAAAAACCAUGCGCCGGGCGGAGGCCCCGAUCGGGGCCGUGCAGCUGACGCCGUUGUGGGAGCACAUCCUGCGCACCCGCCGCCUACCGGAAACCAUUUGCCCCAGCGCCCUCUUCGCCGAGUUUCGCGAGCGGCUGCAGGAUCCGGAAUGGCAGGUGCGCCAGCACGCCCUGCGCGUAUUCGUCGACGUUCUGGUGGUGAUGCAAGACGAAGCCGACGGCUACAUGGAGCGGCAGCAGCUCAUCGGGCUGCUGGUCGAGAACCUGGGCCACCAGGCGCCAACUGUGCGCAAGGGGGCCCUCGACUGCCUGCGGGUCUACCUGGCCGAGACCGCCAGCCCGGAGGCGGUCAUGCUCGAGGUCCUCGACGCCGGACUUACGAAGCAGGCCCAGCUGCAGCUGCAGUCCGGCCUCAUGGGUCGCCCCAGCUGCGGAGUGCUGCUGUCCCUUCCCGCCCUCCUGCAAUCAACGAUGCACACUCCCCAGCGACACCUCAUCGCCCAGAGCACACUGGACCGGGUGGCGCAGCACAUGGACCAGUUGGCCCAGCAGGAAAUCACAGUGAACGUCCUAACCAAGAUCAGGGAGCUUUUGGGGGUUCACGAGUUCGAGGACAUUAUGAGUGGCGUGGGUCGCGGCGAUGCCCUAGCGAAAUACUUUCGACUAUGCCAGGUCUACGGGGUCUCCGGCAAACCAAAGAAAAACGCAGGCGAGCUGAAAACGGGGGCCUGGCGGGCCCUUCCGCGUGAACAAAGUUGGAGAAGCAGCAGCGCCUUGCAGAGCUUGGAUUCCUCGAUCCAGUCGCAGUCCAACUGUCCAGAGAAGGGAAAAGUCAUAAUGGAAACCGAGAUCAAGAUCAACGACGACACAGUGACCAUGCGCAUCCUAGAGGCGGACACCGAGACAGAGGGUUCGGACAGUCCGGCCAGAAGCUGCUCCAAGGACGAGGAGUCUGCAAAUCUAGUGUGCCACGCCCUCCUGUCCAGCGCCAACAGCCGCCACGAGCUCAAUACUGGGGCAGGCAUUGUGCAGGUCAUAAGUGAUUCGGAGUUGGAUGAGCCGCACACCGUCAAGCCUGGGAGUGUUUCCGAACCAAGUACGCCGUCCCGCGCGCUGAAGCGCGUUACUUUCGGCGGGGAGAUUGUCAAGAUGCGGACUCCCGACAGCGACGCCGCCUCUUCCACGACCCACUUUCGGAGCCCUGCUGCGGCCGCCCAGAGUGCUGCCACCUUGAGCUUGGAGGAUGCUUCGCCCUCUCCCACGACCUCGCCAGUGGAGGAGCAGCCCGACCUGGUUGCACCAAGACCGCCCAGCAACGACAGGACGACGGCACUCGUCGUGGAGAUCCCUUCGGACAACACCAAGCCCCUGCUGCAGGCCCGACCCUUCAGCUCGCAGUCACCGCGGCAUCAGAACGACGCGACCUUUGAUCUGCCUUCGCAGUCCAGCAAUCCCCGCCAGCGACAAGAAGCCGAGGACAGGCCAUCGCCAUCACCCCGCUCGCCGGCAUUCAGAAGCCGCAGUUCCAGCCCGACAGGGAGCAACAUCGUCAGCCCCAAAGUGCCGCACAAGCAAAUCGAGGUGUUGCACAACCUGCAGCGGGAUCCCUCGCCGCGAUCCCUCCGCCGGUCUGAGGACUUGGGGGAUGGGAGGGCCAUUCCUGCAGCCGGCAAUCCCUCUGCCUCGCCUACACAGCCGCAGGGUACCAGAGCCGCCUCUGCAGUGUCUGCCGAGUCGCCGGCGACGCCCAAGUCCUGGGAGGACCUGGACAUUGUCAACAUAAAGACGCUGAUGGAUCUGCGAUCUGGGGACUGGCGCAACCGUCUGAUGGGCUUCGCCGAACUGGAGGUCGCACUGAGCUCCUCGAGGAGUUUGGCCCUGGUGCAGCCGCACCUUGACAGUCUGCUGCGAACCCUUCUAUCAUCGGAGCGCCACCUGGAGGUGGCGGAGCUGAAGCGAGAGCUGUUGGUCAACCUGAUCUCACGUCUGCCGUUGGACAACUUAGAGGAGCGCACACCGCAGAUCCUGACGGGCCUUUGUCGACAGGGCAACGCUGGAGCGAACAGAGCUUGCAAGGCCCUGAUGCAGCGUCUUCCCGCUGGGACCAUUGUGGCCAAGCUGACCUCGCCGGACUUCCUGCACGCAAAGAGUUCGAAGUUCCGGGACCAUGCGCUCCGGAUGUCCAUCUUUGCACUGAUGACCUUCCCGGGCACCUGUUUCGACAUCAACCUCCUGACGACCCAGGCCGUCUACUCCUUGCUCAAUCGCAAACGCCGAGUGCGACAGGCUGCCCUGGAGGUGGUCGCCGUCCUGGCCGACCUUUCGUCGACGAAGAAGGUCCUCGCCAUCGUCUCGGAAAUGGCCGCAGGCGUGGAGCUCGGACCCCUUGUGUUGGAGGCGGCCAGUGCGCGCCUCUCGCGCCUGCAGCUGCCCAUUGUGACGCCUGACAGUGGGGUUCUGUUCGCCUCUAACCAGACCGAUCAGCCGAGAUCCAUGCGUUCCGGAGCGGAUGUGGACUGGAUUUGCCUGGGGGAGGGGUCCGCCUCGCCCAACUCCAUCAAGAAGCGACGCAUGAGGGCUGCAACCAGUCAGCGGGACGUAGUUGAGAGCGCGGAAGCACUGGUCAAAAAAGAUGCGUUUCACAGUUUCAGCCAUCCCAACGAGAGCCUGUAUCGCCAUUCCUUCCACUCGCCCCCCGAAACUUUUGAAAUGACUAGCCCCACAAAUAACUUUUCGCAAAGACUAAGUUUUGGGGCUAGGACGAACAAUGUAGGAAAUCAGUCCUUUGUGGAUCGGCGGUUGGUGGCCAAGGCGUGCUCCGAUACUUCGAUGGAUGGACGAAGUACUGACAGCACGACCACCACCUGCAGCAGUGGGAGUGCAACGGGCAGUUUCAUCCAGCUUUCUUCCCGCGCCGGAAGUCAAUUUGCCAACUCCAGGUUUCCCGCUAUGAGCCAGCACACGGACUUUGUUAACAACUUUAUGCGAGGCAUGCACCGCAGCACAAACUCCUUCUCCGUGGAAGGACCGGCGUACCCGAAAGUCAGUUAUACGAACCCAAAGUCCCAGCAGGUGCUGCGCAAGAAGCUCCACCACCAGCACUCUUUUACGAAGCUGCGCAACGCAGGACUAGCUCAAGAUUUCGAAAGGGGCAAAUUAAUCGAAUCGCCGCUGGGGCGGCAGAACCGCUUUUCCAUGGACAACCAGCAAUCGGCGGACCACGAGGACGCCAGCUCUGCAAAGUCGAUGGAUGGGGAAAUUGCCAAGGCAGCUGAGCCUUUGGUGGCGGCAGACAAGGACGUGGCAGAAGGCUCUCCUCUCUCCGUAAGGUCUACGAGCUAUUCGCAAAAGUCGACAGCCUCGGCGAAGUCGCUUGGCAGCCAGAGUGAGACUGGCAAGCGAUCCUCCUCGUCCAGCGGCCUCCGUCCCGACGCCAAGAUGGAGGUGCUGAGCCUGGAGCACGAUCCUGUCGAGGCCUUCGGGGAGCUGGUUGUGGACGAAGUGGAAGACGAGACGGAAACGGAAACGGAACUCGCUCGCCACGAGGAGUCGCUCAAACUCAACGGAAGCCAGAAUAGCCUCCACAGCAAAACGGAGAGCAUAAAAACACAGCUGGAGGACACCACACCGCAGCUCUCGAGAGCCCAGUCGGUGAAAUCGCUGCCCAUAGAGGAGGACAUUGAGGGUAGUAACAGUUUUGUGGUAGUCGGGGAAGUACAGAACGACCUGGAGGCAACGCCGCCAGAGUCCACGUUGGUGGACCCGUUUCAGGAGGAGACUGAAGCUGCGAGCGAAUCUGCCAAAUUGGAAGUCCAUGCGUUUGCCCCAAAGCUGGUUCCUCCCCACGACGACAUAGUGAUCCACUCUCGCAGCAUUUCCCUGGACUCGCUUUAUGGGGCAAGGCCAGGAUCGAAGCAGGGAUCCCUGGACACCAGCACGAGCACUACGGACAACACCUCCCAGUCCGGUUCCCAGAUGGAAAAAGCGGGCAUCCCCGGAAAAGCCCAACAUACGCCGCUCAAGCAGAAGUCCAAGACAUCGUACUUCCUGAGGGCACAGCGACGGGUCUCACCCGUUAAACUGGCCAUUAAAAUGUCUCAGGCGGAGCUCUUCCCGCAGAACAUGGUGCGCUUUGACAAGCCCCGCGAGGCCCUGCUAAAGACUUUCGACCAGCUGGACUCGGGCAACUGGGAGAUGAACAUGACUGGCUUGAAAAGCAUGGUGCGGCUGAUCCGCUACCAUGCCGACACACUGGACAAUCAGAUGCAUAUGACCUGCAUUCAGCUCACCCGCUCAGUCCGGAACCUGCGCUCCCAGGUGGCUCGUGCUUCCUGCCAAGCCGCCGCCGAGUUGUUCUCCCUCAAGUCGAACAGCCUCCAGCAGGAGUGCGACGAUCUGGUAUGUGCCCUUCUGCACCGCACGGCCGACACCAACCGCUUCCUUCGCGCCGACGCCACACGCGCCCUGGAGUCGAUGGUGGAUCACGCACAGCCGCUGAAGAUAUUAAAUAUCCUGGCGUCGAAAGGAGCCCAGCACCAGAACGCCCUGGUGCGCACCACAUCCGCGAAACUGCUUUUCAGACUGGUCGAGCGACUGGGCAGCGAUCGAAUCUACGCCAUGGCGCGCGAGAGCCGCGACAAGUUCUUCGUGGUAGGGGCCAAUCUGCUGCAGGAGGGCAGCCUGGAGACCCGCAGCUACGCCAAGUCCUUGUUCCGUGCCCUUUCGGAACACCAUAGUUACCAGCGACUGCUGCUAGAGGUGAUACCCCCGCGCACUUACAGGAAUGUGGAGAAGACGCUGAGAAGCAUCACACGUUAAUAUCGCUAUGACAUCUGAUCUGUACAGUCACUGAAAGCUUGCAUAUAAGGACACGCAUUGAACUAGAUAUUUAACACAAGCACUUGAGAACGUUCUAACGUUAUUCAGUGUAUUUAUAGGCUAUAUCUAAAAAACCAAUAAAAACAUUGUUAUAGCUCGAAA